AGGGACCCAGCUGAGAUGUCGGAAAGCGGGAGCCAGGAAGCCGACGGGGCCCCGAACGGCAGCGGGGAGACACGGCCCCCUCGACCGCCCGUGGGCAACAGAGUGACCGUGGUGCUCGGGGCGCAGUGGGGCGACGAGGGCAAAGGGAAAGUUGUGGAUCUGCUGGCACAGGACGCGGACAUGGUGUGCAGAUGUCAGGGAGGGAACAACGCAGGACACACCGUGGUGGUCGGCUCGGUGGAGUACGACUUUCACCUCCUCCCCAGCGGCAUCAUCAACCCCAAGGUCACUGCCUUCAUUGGCAACGGUGUGGUGAUCCACCUUCCAGGCCUGUUUGAGGAGGCAGAGAAGAACGCACGCAAAGGGAAGAGUCUCCAAGGCUGGGAGAAAAGGCUGAUCAUCUCAGACAGAGCACACAUUGUGUUUGACUUCCACCAAGCUGUUGAUGGUGUUCAGGAACAGCAGAGGCAAGAGCAAGCAGGCAAGAAUCUCGGGACCACUAAGAAGGGGAUUGGUCCGGUCUACUCGGCCAAGGCUGCACGCAAUGGUCUCAGGAUAUGUGACCUGCUGGCUGACUUCACUCACUUCUCUGAAAGGUAUAAAUCAUUGGCCCGGCAGUACAAGUCGAUGUACCCCACUCUGGAGAUUGACAUAGAGGGAGAGCUCCUCAGAUUAAAGGAUUAUGUUGAGCAGAUCAAGCCCAUGGUGAGAGACGGAGUGCACUACAUGUACGAGGCUCUUCAUGGUCCUCCAAUGAAGAUCCUGGUGGAAGGAGCCAACGCAGCGCUGCUGGACAUCGACUUCGGGACGUACCCUUUCGUGACAUCGUCCAACUGCACGGUGGGCGGGGUGUGCACAGGUCUCGGCAUGCCACCUCAGAAUGUCGGGGAGGUUUAUGGUGUGGUCAAGGCGUACACCACCAGAGUGGGCAUCGGAGCGUUCCCCUCAGAGCAGUGCAACGAGGUCGGCGAGCUGCUGCAGACCCGAGGCAAGGAGGUGGGCGUGACCACGGGCCGGAAGAGACGCUGUGGUUGGCUGGAUGUGGUGCUCAUCAAAUAUGCACACAUGAUUAAUGGCUUCACAGCUUUAGCGCUCACCAAGCUCGACAUCCUCGACGUGUUCUCUGAGAUCAAAGUGGGCGUCGCCUACAACGUCGACAACGAACCUAUACCUCACUUUCCAGCCAAUCAGGAGGUACUGCAGCGCGUGGACGUCCAGUACGUGACGCUGCCCGGCUGGAACAGCGACACCUCGGCCACCAGAAGCUUCGAGGAGCUGCCUGACAACGCCAAGAAAUAUGUCCACUUCAUUGAGGAUCAUGUGGGAGUGCCUGUCAAAUGGAUCGGAGUGGGCAAGUCUCGGGAGUCCAUCAUCCAGCUGUUCUAAACGGAGGGAGGGGCGGACACACAGCAGCGAAUCAACUUCUUUCCCUCCCCCCCCCACCACACACACACAGCCUACCUACCUGUCUCUGCUCUGUGACAGAGAAACGACCACCACGUCUGUUCUUAAAGCCUGCGUGCCAUCGGACUGUACCACGUCACGGACCGGUCCUCUCUGGGUCGGACUCCCCUCCCGGUUGAAGUGGUUCCCUCCGUCUCCAUCUGUGUUUUUAACCGCCGUAAACCUAAAGGACAUCAGUUCCGCUGUCGAAGUCCCUCUGUAAUUUGUUGCUAUUUAUGUCGCAGCCAUUUAAUUUCAGACAUUCACACUCAGCAACACCAGCUGCCCUCAGGUCUGAGAGAGGAGACGUGAGGGACACACACAGACAGGGGUCACUGCCCUGCAGGGACUGUCCACACACGUACGUUUGUCCGGUCAAACUUUGUCCAGGUGUAUUUUAUUUUUGUUGAUCUAUGCUGUGGUUUUAAAUGCGCUGCGCCACAUCCGGUGUGAAUCAGUAAACAAUCAUGUCAAUAGGUUUUAACUUCUUAACUCUUCAGAUGCUUUGGACUUUAUCCGCUUCGUGUUUGACUUUGCCAGGUGUACGACACAUCCUGACUUGAUAAAGGGAUCCUUUAAUAUUUUA